AGUGAUAUCACCAGUGAUUUGAGCACCACAAUUAUUCGAGCCAGUAUAGCUCCAUCAGAAGAACGGGCUGUGGAAAAGCUGAGAGAAAAAGUUCCUGUUCAGAGUACAGUAAAAGGAAUAUUACCACAUAUUGUACAAAACAGGUCUGAUGUGGAAAGGGUGACUGAAACCACUUCUCUGAGUAGCAGACCUGAAGACAGAGAAACUAAUUUUGUAUCAAGUCAAGAUGCUUCCUUCAAAAGUGGAGAGCCCUUGGAAACCAGUGAGGAAGGUUUGAUAUCAAACCCCAGUGAAAUGGACCAGAUUGAUCUGGCUGUCCUUAGCAAGCCAGGUCUGAGCCAUCAGACUGAGUCGGCCGUACGACCCCUUGCUGGGUUGAGCCAGAAGUCUGUGAAUGCAGGUCAGAGAAUAACUUCUAAAGUUAUAUCAAUUGCCAGUGAUGAGUCCAGUGGCCAGAGUACUAAUUGGAGCACUUCAGGAAACCAAUACAACUCUGCUCCCUGCCUCACUGAUCUUGGUUCUGCUGCGGAGAUGCAGAACGUGCCUGCUGCACAUCCUGUCCUCUGGACAGGACAUUCUCUCAACACAGCUCCUGUGGCCCAGCAGUAUUUGGGGACACUCCCUUCAGCUGGGAAUGUUACCUUGCCUCAGUGCCAUGUGGGCAUUACCUCAGUCUGCAGGUUCUCAGGAUGCUCUGCUUAUCCCACUGCCUCAGGAGAGCAUGUGACUAUGGGGGUUUGUUUAGGACCAAAUCUUGCCUCUGGAUUGAUGGGUCCCUCUUCCCUUUAUAACCCAUGUUCUAAUGCCUUACAUCCUCAUCUGCUAAAUACAGCAAAAUCUUUUCCUGUGCACCCUGUUGGUGCAAACUGUGGAAUUGAACCAUGGGAUUCAGGAGUGGUGUCAGGAUUUGGGAAUGUCAGAGUGCCUGAGGAGUUGAAGUUUCCUCAUGCUUGCUGUGUUGGUAUUGCUUCCCAGACCCAUCUUAGCAUACUCAAUCCAACUGACCGUUGGCUACAAGUUACCAUUGGGGUUCUCAGUGUUAGUGUUAAUGGAGAGAAGGUGGAUCUUUCAACAUAUCCUUGUUUAGUUUUCAAGAAUAAAGUCAUCGUAAGACCUCAUGCCACGGAAGAGAUAAAAGUACUUUUUAUACCAUCUAAUCCUGGGAUUUUCAGAUGUAUAUUCAGUGUUGCUUCUUGGCCAUUUUCGGCAGAUGCUGAAACAAUAGCACAAGCAGAAGCUUUGGGAAGCAGAGUCAUUCUCACUGCUAUUGCCGAGGCCCCUGAUAUUGAGGUAGAAACAGAAAAGAAAAGCAUUCUUGAUUUUGGUGACUUGACAUAUGGAGGCUGGAAGGCUCUCCCAUUAAAGGUGAUAAAUAGAACACAUGCUCCUGUACCUCUCAGGAUGAUUAUUAAUGCUAAUGCCUUAGCCUGGCGCUGCUUCACAUUUUCCAAGGAACCCCUCCAUGCUUCUCUGAAAGCUGCUUCUUAUGCUGAUGUGAUUGCUCAGUUUGCGGCCCCAUCUGUGAUCAGUCAUAUGAUGCCUGCCAGUAAUGAUGGGCAGGAUCCAGAAUUUCUGAUAAUUUGGGUUCUUUUCCAUAGUCCAAAGAAACUAAUCGCUUCUUCAGAGAUUCUAGACUCAGCAGAAGAAUUCUUGGCAAGAGUUGAUAUAGAAGUUGACAGCCCAAACUCUACACCAGUUCUUGGAAGUGUAGGUCUCCGAGCAAGAGCAGGAAUAGCUAGGAUUCAUGCUCCCAAGGACUUACAGACUGUGCAUUUAUUGACCACUGUGAAUUCUUCAGCAAAGCAGCACUUGCCUUUGAAAAAUGCUGGGAAUAUUGAAGUUUGUUUAGAUAUCAAGGUUGCAGAACAAGGAAGUCACUUUUCUGUGGAUCCAAAUAAUCUACACCUUAAACCUGAAGAAGAACAUGAAGUUAUAGUUUCAUUUACACCAAAGGAUCCCAAAGCCUCUGAGGAAAGGUAAUAUGAAAGUAUUUAUGAAAAGUCUUACUCAUCUCUCAGAAUAGCCACUAGCUUAGAUAUGAAUGCAGAAGUGCAUAUUUUAUCUCACCUAAUACAUAGUAUAGCUUGGCUUACCCUCUUUCAUUUGCCCUCAAAUUAUCUUUGUUACUGAAAAUCUUCUUUUAAGCCAGCUGAAUAGAAAUUAUAAAAGUCACUAUUUUCAAGUAUAUUCUGAGAAAAGUAAAAUAAA